AGGGUGAAGCCCAAGGCUGCUACCACAGCACCCUUCAACACCACAGAAGCAGCUAACAUGCCAGUCACCAAGUGCCCAAGAAAAUCAGAGCCCCUGUGGAAGGGGUGGGACCGGAAAGCCCAGAAGAAUGGACUGAGGCACCAAGUAUUUGCAGUGAACGGCGAUCACUAUGUGGGCGAAUGGAAAGACAACUUAAAACAUGGGAAAGGAACACAGGUCUGGAAGAAGAGCGGUGCUACCUAUGAAGGAGACUGGAAGUUUGGAAAGCGAGAUGGCUAUGGCACCCUCAGUCACCCUGACCCAGAGACCGGAAAGUACAGAAGGGUGUACUCAGGCUGGUGGAAAGGGGACAAGAAAUCGGGCUAUGGGAUCCAGUUUUACGGACCCAAGGACUACUAUGAGGGUGAGUGGUGCAGCAACCAGCGCAGCGGGUGGGGACGCAUGUACUACCGCAAUGGCAACAUCUACGAGGGCCAGUGGCUGAACGACAAGCCUGAAGGGGAGGGCAUGUUGCGGCUGAAGAAUGGGAACCGAUAUGAGGGCAGCUGGGAGAGAGGCAUGAAGAAUGGGCAUGGGCGUUUCUUUCACCUGGACCACGGGCAGUUGUUUGAAGGCUUCUGGGUGGAUGACGUGGCCAAGUGUGGUACCAUGAUUGACUUCGGCCGUGAUGAGGCCCCGGAGCCCACCCAGUUCCCCAUUCCUAAGGUAGAGAUUCAAGACCCAGAUGGUGUUCUGAAGGAAGCAAUCGCUGCGCUGAAGAACUCGGAGGAUGAAGAGGACUGACGUCCAGUAAGAAGACACAUCUGCCAUCUCUGAUCUCACAAUCUGAGGCAGCUUUGCAUCCCUGAACACUGCUGAUCUGGUAUCACUGAGAGCAGACCAGAGAGGGAGAGCUUCCUGCUCCUGUACCUUAGCUUUUCCUUCUACUCCCCUUUGAAGCGCAUGUUCCUCCAAGAGCAAGUGCAUUCCAGGUCUGCCCAGAUCUCUCAGUUGCAUUCUCAGCCUCCUGAGGUGAGCACUGAGCUGGUCAGGUGGUCCCAUCUAAAGAUCCUUAAAUAAGGCUGUGGGCCCUAGGCCCGCACUGACACAACUGUUUCUGGGGCCUUGCCUGGAGUGGCUGUGAGGCUUCAGGGAGAGGUGUUGAUGACAGCGGGUUUUGUUUUGUUUUAGAUGAUUGUGUUUCUAAUACUAGUUCCAACAUCAUCCCCACCUGUAGAGAGAGCACAUCAAGGCUUAGGAGAAACGCCAGCCCUUGUCACCAAACUGCUCAGACCGGUGCAGCUCCUGCAGAAGCAAGCAAGCGACUCUGGGCACGCCCUUGGCUCCCUCAGAGGGCACCCACUCCUCUAAGACACUAGGUUAUUCUUUGCCAAUGGAGGUGUGGUAUUACUUCUCCCUGGCUGGCCUUGGGGACCCACUUGUUUAAAUC